UGACAACUUGAAUUGAGGUUAGGUACAUAUGUUUACUUGUGAAUUCAAAUAUUAUACAUUUUAAUUUAAGGUGUAAAUUUAAAUUUAAUUAUGAUAAAAACUUCAGGAUUUUAUGAUUUAUGUAUAGAAGAAUCCUUUUUCUCCAAAGGUGAUGUAGAAAAAUCGAUCAAAUCACUAUAUGACUAUGGUUAUAGAACUAUAGCAAUAAAUCAAACAAUUGAAGAUGGAAAUCUUGAACCUAAAAAGAAAAAGAAAAAAGGGGAAGCGAGGGAAGUGCAAGAACCAGUACCUAUGCCUUAUGAUUUGUUACCAAUUAAAACUGUAAUUAAGAAUCUGAAUCUGGUUAAUUUUCAAAUAUUUAACCGCUUGACAAUAGUGUUUGUCAAUCAAGAUGGGUUACAUAAAGUCACUAAAUCACCUAACUUCAGGAAGUACCAGAUUGUUGCAGCGGCCCCAACAACAAAUCAAGCUCUCUCGUACACCUGCAAUAAUUUCGAUGCGGACAUCUUCACCUUCAAUCCAGAGAACAAGUUUGGCCUUCGUUUGAAUAGAAAACUCUACAACCAACUCUUACAGAGGGGAUAUCACUUCGAAUUACUGUACAGCCCCGCCAUAGAGGACACGACGAAACGAAAAAACUUAAUACACGCAUCACAUCUGUACCACGCAUUUGGUAAAUCCAGGAAUAUUAUAUUUUCAAGUGGAGCACAUGAUCCUGUUAUAAUCAGAGGUCCAUAUGAUGUUAUUAAUUUUGGAUUUUUAUUUGGUUUGAGCCAAAUACAAUGCAAAACGGCAGUGUCCUAUUGUCCUCAUAAGGUUGUCAUUAAUUCUGUUGGUAGACGACACGGUAAAGCUAUCAUGUUCGUAGAAAACAUCCCUCGCGAACAAGAAAAUACAAUAGAAACUGCAGAGAUUAAUGUUACGGUGGACAUCGACGAUGAUGAUGAUAUGGAGACUGAUCAACCCAAACAGAAGAAGACAAAAGUGUGAUUAAUUUUCAGUUAUGUUAUACUUUUAAAGCACUAUUUUGUUAUAUAUUAAAUGAGUCAUUUUAUCUAACAAUAAUUACCACAAUUGCAGAAUAAAUAGAUUCUUUUUUAAAACAAAAAA